UUCUGAAUCCGGUUUCAGCGUGCCGACGACACCAAUGCCUGUGCCCACAGACUGAUCGUAGGGCUUUUUAUCCGAACAGCACAGAACUGUAGCAGCUGACAGACGGAUGCGGAGGGAGGGUUGCCAAACCCAGCGGAUUUCUCACGGUUCACGGAGAAGAAUGUUCGUCUAUAUGUAUCCCCAUGAGCGGAUGACAACCUCCAAACAAACCUAUACUGAAAACUUUCAGCUCUCCAUUUAACGCGGGGGUGUUAUUGAGAUUUUUAACCAGGUCCAAGAACAGUAAUGAUGCAGGUGCAAACUGUGGGCUAACGGUACUGACAUGACUUGCUCGCUGCUGACGCGUUUCAAUGUACCAUGCCAACCCCGCAUUGUCAGAUGCCAUUUUACUCUGCGUUACCCCAGCGUCUGGCAUUCCAAUAUUCUGGGCCUGUUGUAUAAUUAGAAGUUCGCGAGGCAGUAGCAAACAAGCUGGUGCAAUGAGAAGCUACGCGGUCCAAAACACUGUGCGCAAUUUGUGCUGAAGCUUAUGGGUCCUGCGUACUCAAGCUCCCGGCUUCCACUUGGAGAGGUGUGCUGCGGGGCUACAGCGCACUGGCUGUCGGCUUCACAUCUGGACCGCCUGGAUAUUGUCAUCUGCGGCCUGUUCGGACUGUGCACUCCCUGAACUUAUAUGUUUUAGGGGAACUGAUUGAAAUCGCUUCGUAUGGUGUCGUGUUAGGUAGAAGGGGUGCAUAUUUGUCUCGGACUUGGCGUUUUAGGUGAUCCACUGGAACACCGUGGUCCAAAGCUUGACUGGCUUGACUACUCAAGGAACAAACGCUUAUCCAGUUAUGGAUUUUGUGUAGUGAAGUCACGCAUUUUUAAAGGUAACGCUAGGGUGACAUUGCAGUAUUAUCACCAUAUCGGUUAUUUCGUCGUCCGACAAAAAAUAAAAGAGUGAAAGUGGAGUAUUGUCCGUCGUACGUAUCAACGCAGUGGGAUUUCUACGUCUGGUCGGCGUUCCCCCCCACCCUUCCUGCGGUGACGGUUAUGGGUCGGAAGCGGUGUGUCGGUGCAGAUUGUUCCAAGAUGGCGGCCGGGUGCUGCGGGGUGAAGAAGCAGAAGCUGUCGGGAUCGCCCGGAUCGGGGGGUCCCGGCGGGGUGGGGGCGGGAAGCGGGGUGGCAGGAACCGGACAUUGUGGAUCAGAGUUGGGGAUUGGCUCCUCUGCGACUGUUGCUGCAACGGCGAACGUGAGCAGAGCCAACGGCCUGGGGGGACCCGGGGGUAACGUUAGCGGCAGUAGUAAUAGUGGUAGCAGCGGUGGCACAAACGCUCUGUCCCCAACCCCGGCCGGUUACACUACAUCCGGCCUCUCCCCGAAUCUCAGCCCGGGACCAGGUUCGGGAAGUGGUGGCAGAAAAAUGGUCGUCUCAGCGGAGAUGUGCUGCUUCUGUUUUGACGUGCUUUAUUGCCAUCUGUACGGAUACCAACCUCCGAGAACACCCAGGUUUACAAAUGAUCCCUAUCCGCUGUUUGUCACAUGGAAAAUAGGCAGAGACAAGCGGUUGAGGGGUUGUAUAGGUACAUUUUCUGCCAUGAAUCUGCACUCAGGACUCAGGGAGUACACCCUUACCAGUGCCCUUAAAGACAGCCGCUUCCCCCCUAUGACAAGGGAUGAGCUGCCUCGCCUCUUCUGCUCAGUGUCUCUUCUCACCAACUUUGAAGACGUCGGUGAUUACCUUGACUGGGAGGUGGGUGUUCACGGUAUAAGGAUAGAGUUUUUCAAUGAAAAAGGAUCAAAGCGCACCGCCACCUACCUACCAGAGGUUGCAAAGGAGCAAGGUUGGGACCACAUUCAAACCAUAGAUUCCUUACUACGAAAGGGAGGUUACAAAGCUCCCAUCACAAAUGACUUCAGGAAGACCAUUAAAUUAACCAGGUAUCGUAGCGAGAAGAUGACGAUGGGUUAUGCAGAGUACAUCGCCCACCGCCAGCACCAUCACUACCAGAAUGGCAUUGGGCACCCUCUACCACCCUACAACCAUUAUUCCUGACAGCGAGCCGCAUGACCAAUCAUUGGACCUCUCCGCGGACCUUUUCCCAGGAGAGCCUGCCCCCUCCUGGUCUAGCUAUUUCUACUACUGUACCAUUUUAUGAUGAUAGUUUCCGUUGCCAUGCUGGCCGUCUCCCAGACGUUGACAUGGCAACGGGUGGCAACGAAGCAUCAUUUGAUUACGGCAAGAAGUCCAAGUGUUUCUUUGUGUUUGCCUGUGGUUAAGUUUUUGCAGCAUAUAAAUACCUGUAUCUAACCCCCCUUCAUUCAUAUUUUCUAAAAUUAAACCCUUAGUACAUUUUAUUAAUUUUGCGUCUUCUCAGCAAACUUAAUCAGGUGUUUGAUUCUGUGGAUGGAAAGAAGUCUCUUAUGGUGGAUUAAUCUCAUGCUUGUAUUGUUUAGGCUUUGCUACAUUUAAUAAGAGAAUACUUUUCUUUUUCCUCAUUUUCUUUACCUUACUAUCCAGACGUAUAAUAUCAUGUAGCAAGGCAACCGCAGUUCUCAAAGGCUGUGUCGUCUCUCCUACGAAUCCUCUCAAAAAUACCCGACUGUUGAGGUUGGUUUUCUUAGCCUUGCAAACUCUCGUAGUGUUGUAGUUGGAACUAUGUAUCGGGACAUGUAUACUCCAAAGUGUAGUUAGGAUUGUGAUGCCCUUUGACCAGCCUUUGCUGGUGGCGUUUAUUGAUUGUGCUCACAAUUAUGUGUGUUAAUGUGUGUGGGUAUAGAUUUUGUUCUACCAUAAGGUGAAAUGUUAAUUUUACAAAAAAAAAAAAGAAAAAAAAAUCCACUAAGAAUUUUGGAAACUUCCUCCUCUCAUUUACGUGUUUUGUGGUGGAUCCUGUAAACAAACUGCAUUUAUUUUGGCUAGAAUCUACGGCCAUUUUGUUUUCCCCCAUUAUAAAUUUAAAGUAAUUGCAUAGAAAGCCAUUUUUAGGGGAUGAUUAUGCUUUUGCAGAUAUUUAUAAAUCAUCUAUGUAAGAUAGGUGACAAGAUGGGCAUAUUUCCUUGUUUUGGAGAGGGGGAGCAAGUGUGACUACAGGUCUCCAAGGAAAAUGGGAAAAAAAACAAACGUUCCUGACCUGAAAACACAAGUUUCUGUUGGUUGGAGUUUACUGGCAGAGAGUCACUUGACAGGGACAUGCUAAAAUUACGUAAAGCCAUAUUCCCUUCUCUUUACUCCAAACUUUGUAAGAGUCAUCAAUAAUUUGGCUUGAAGUGUUAGCAUUUGGUAACCUCUGGUAGAUAUAUUAGGUCUUCAGCGGUUUCUCUCGUUUGUUUUAUGUCUCGUUCGUUGCCCAUGUUGUUGUUGAAACAUUAUCUUGCCUUUUCAGAUUAUAGCUAACCAUUGUCACUCGACCACAAAGUAUGAUGUAUUUAAUAAAUAAAAAAAAAAGUAAUAAAAAAAAGUCACUAAAUGAAACCACACCUCUUGAUGCACAACAAGUGAUCUUAUUAACAUGUAUGUGUCAUUAGAAGUGCAUGUCAUAGUGUUGCGUAGAAACCGAAGCUGUCACAGUAGUGCAGCAAGUCGAUUUAGUUGUUGAAACCGCACCGUCACUGUUCUCCUCGCCCUUCAGUGAUAUUCCGUUGACCCGUGUGUCUACAGCACAGGGAAUGUUUUGAUUAAUGGUCUGUUUUGUCAGCUGUCUGCAGCAGGUUACAGGAAACACAGCUGAAUUUGUUGGAGCAGAAUCUCUGCAUGGGGGCCUCACAGUUUGCAGUCGAGGUCUGCCUUUUUUUUCUUUUUAAAUAAAGAAGAAAAAAAAAAAAGCCAGGGCUUUGUAAGGACUUCAAAAGCCAUUUCCCAUCCAAAUAUUACUAGUUGUGAUCCACAUCCACACACUAGACUAGUUGGACUUAACUUUAAAGAAUGUUUGAACUGUUGACGAUCACCAUGCGAUCUGCUUGUUUUGGGUUUUUCGUUUGCUAACUGGAAUUUUUUGAGAGGUUCUUGUUACUUGACCAACAUCUUUAUGUUGUCACAGCCUUUACUGACUGGCAGGUUCUUUUUCUUUAUGCAAAAAUGUCAAGGGCUUUUGGCACUCCAUCCACAGUUACCCGAAACGAUCCAAUUUCAGUUGUGUUGCCUUAAAAUGGUUUAUUAAAUGAUGGACCAGUAGAUGAUGCUCUGAGUGUUCCUCUGUCCCAAGGUUUUGCACUUUCCCUGCUCCAUGUAAACACCAGAAGCAGGAAAGGGCCUCAAACUACAAUCCUCACUCAAAUGCAUUUACUAAAGUUUCCCUAUACUUAGAGGGGAUUCUAGCAGUCUCCUGUUGGCUCGUAUUUAAUGCUUAGACUCUAAAAAUUGGGCACUGUGGUGACGUUACUGUUAAUGUUUAAACCAUGGGAAAGACAGCUUUAUGCCUCCAGAAAAAUGCACCUAACACUACAUGAAGAGGGACAGUCAGGCAUUGAUUUCCUGGUCCAUUUAUUACAGCACAACCUGAAUUCUUCUGCUGCAAAACCAAAUUGACCAUGCUCUUUUACAUAUGUCUUUGUAUACACAUGCAAGGUAUUUUGUUGCAUGUAUGUAUGAGUAUGAGACCUAUGGUUUUAUCCAUGAUAUGCUUGAUCUAUGGCUUAGACACUCUUAUUAACCAUUAAGAGAUUUAAAAGACAAAUAUGGUGCUAUCGGACCUCAUAUUGGGGUGGUCACAGCUCGUGACUGGUCAUGCGGACUCAUUGAUCAUAUCAUACUUAAAGAUGCUGCAUGUAAGAUUUCCUCUUAAAGAAAUUGCUGUGAAAUGAGUUAUGACGGCACAUUUUAUUACUGAAGGAUAACUCAUCGAUACAAACAGUAUCCCCAAGAAGCUCUGUUUCCAUUUAGGUCCAGUGUGGGUAAUUUUUGGGAUCAAUUCCCUAUGGGAAAAACAGACAUUCUUAUAAUUAAGAAGGAAACCCUAGGGGCUAUGGAAUGUACUGUUAAUGGUCGUUAUUGCAGUUUAACAGUGAUGUAUUAAGAGAAAAUCCUACAUGUUACCUUUUACUAUCCUUGAUAUAUGCAGAUCUGUUCAACAGAUGUUUUUUUUCUUUUUUAUUAUUAUUAUAUAUUUUUUUCCUACCAGUGCAAGUCAACACACCUGCAGGUUUGAAAGGACAAGAAGUCACAUGUUAACCUCCUGCCCCUCAAUAACUCCCUACACUGUGGCCCAACCUCAUGGCCUAGUUUGUUGAGGUGUGAUGUGUCGUUCAUUAGAAGGUAGCAGUAGUAGUGGUCAUUCCCUCACCAGGAAGAUUGGAUGCUGCUGUUUGGUUUUACAGAUCACAUCCUUAGUUUUCCUUUUAGCUGCUGAAUCAUUUGACCUCUGAAAGGGCAAGGUUUGAGUUAUUGACUUGUUUAUGGUCCUGUUGUUGAGGCUUUUGCUGCCUCUUUUUAACCACAUUGAGAGUAACCAUCUCCAAUUAGGGGAUGGUGAGUUAAUGUUUUACAUAGAACAUGCAGAAUAUAGUCCUGCUUCUGCAAUGAUCAACAGUUGAAAGCAUUGAUACCUCAUGGGAUAUUAUGGAACGACACUUGUAGGUUCUUGUAGCAGAUUGUGUGUUUUGGUUCCAUACUAGGGUUAGAGUUCAGCCUCAGCAUUCCUUGUGUGGUUAUUCUCGUUUCUCGUGGAAUGCUCAAACUCACGUUACCUUCGUAUGUUUGACUGAACCAAAGAUGCCAGCGGCCAUGCCCAAAUGCUGCUCUUCUGGCCUGGCUUCCUGUCCUUCCAAAAACCACCCCUGCUAUUGACAAAAUGUUCUUUAUGUCUAUUUUAUUUGAUUUUUUUUUUCUUUGUGCGAUUUCUCAACUGUCUUGACUUAUUAAGCAACCCUGUUUUUCAAUGAAUUUUCAUUGAAUCUGUCUCUGAAGUCGAACAUGGCAUCAAGAUGGUUUAAGUGGUUGCUAAUUGUUGUUACUUGUUUUGUUAUUAUUAGUAUUAUUAUUGAUAUAAUUUUCAAAAAUGAAAAAUCCCAUGGUGUGCCUCCUAGCUUUGUGGGUUUAUAAAAGUAUUUUUUUUUUUUUGUUUUUUGUUUUUCUUCCUUCCCUAAAGACCAGCAGUUAUACUUUGUAUAAAAGAUGGAUUUUUCCUUAUUUUUUAUGCCAUUAAAGAUGAAAAAGCCUGUUUUCUUUACUCUGGACCCAGUAGCUACACUGGUAUACAAUCGCACUGAUAGAUUAAUUAAAAGAGGAAUAAGUAAAUUAAUAAUAAUAAUGAUAAUGACAAAUAAGAACUACAAUAAACUUGUGUCUGAAGCUUUUUAUUAUAAAAUAUAUAUAUUAAAAAAAGACCAUAAAAAAAGAAAAUGACUGUUUUUGUACAUCAAAAUAAAUUCUUUUCAAAGGAUAUUUUGGAUCUAGUUUCAAAAUUAUUUUGGUGGUUUUCUAUGUUCUGAAUUUUGAGACACUGACUUCUAAGAUGUGUCACUGUACAAAAUAAACUUUUCUGUUGCAGUGGCCUGAUGGGCUGGGAGGGUUGCCUGGUGUAACUCCUCAUACCAACUUUAAUUUCUUUUUGUCAGUUUUUGGAUCCUUUUCUUUUUUUCCUUUGCUUUAAUACUCUGAAAAAUGUUGAUGGAAUAAAAUGAACUGGGAACUUAAAAUCCAUCCCCUGUAGAGCUAGACCCUUCCUCCUUUCCUCUUGAAUUGCUGUUAGUGUGACGGGACUUGAAAUGGGCAUUUAUAACAAUAGUAUGACUCCAAAAGGAGGAAAAAAAACAAACAAAAAAAAAAGAAACACCUAAAUAUAUAUAUAUAUAUAUAUAU